ACCAGCUGUUUGUACCCAAUGGAAAAGAUGAGGGAGCGGGACCUGACGUUGGGGCCGCGCCCACCAUUGAUGAUGUCCUUGCGGGGCAGGUCGGGAGACCCCACCAUGAGAACGCAUGUCUACUGAAGAAAUGGCUACCGAGCAUAUGAAUGGAAAUGGUACGGAAGAGCCGAUGGAUACUUCCACUGCCGUUGUUCGAUCUGAACACUAUCAAACUUUAUUAAGUGCUGGUUUACCAAAGAAAGUUGCGGACAAGCUAGAUGAGAUGUAUUUAGCAGGUUUGGUUUCUCACAGCGAUUUGGAUGAGAGAGCAAUUGAUGCCUUGAGGGAAUUCAAUGAAGAAGGUGCAUUGUCAGUACUACAACAGUUUAAGGAAAGUGAUCUUUCCCAUGUUCAGAAUAAAAGUGCUUUUCUAUGUGGAGUAAUGAAGACCUACAGACAGAGGGAAAAGCAAGGAUCUAAAGUAACAGAUGCUAAUAAAGGUCCAGAUGAGACAAAAAUUAAGGCUCUCUUGGAACGAACAGGAUAUACACUUGAUGUCACUACAGGGCAGAGGAAGUAUGGUGGUCCUCCUCCGCCUACGACACAUUCAGGUCCUCAACCUAACAUUGGUACUGAGAUAUUUGUAGGCAAAAUACCACGGGAUCUUUUUGAAGAUGAACUUGUCCCUCUGUUUGAGAAAGCUGGCCCAAUAUGGGAUUUGCGUCUGAUGAUGGAUCCUCUGACUGGCUUAAAUCGAGGGUAUGCUUUUGUGACCUUUUGCUCCAAAGAAGCAGCACAGGAAGCAGUCAAAUUGUGUGAUAACCAUGAAAUUCGGCCUGGUAAACACAUUGGUGUUUGCAUUUCUGUGGCAAACAACAGACUUUUCGUUGGAUCCAUUCCUAAAAGCAAGACAAAGGAGCAGAUUAUGGAAGAAUUUGGUAAAGUUACAGAGGGACUCACAGAUGUGAUACUGUACCACCAACCAGAUGACAAGAAGAAGAAUAGGGGUUUCUGUUUCUUGGAAUUUGAAGAUCAUAAGUCUGCUGCCCAGGCCAGGCGCAGACUUAUGAGUGGAAAAGUGAAGGUCUGGGGCAAUGUUGUAACAGUGGAAUGGGCAGAUCCUAUUGAGGAUCCUGAUCCAGAGGUCAUGUCAAAGGUGAAGGUGCUAUUUGUUCGUAACUUGGCCAGUACAGUAACGGAAGAAUUACUAGAAAAAACCUUCAGCCAGUUUGGCAAGUUAGAGCGGGUGAAGAAGCUAAAAGAUUAUGCAUUCAUUCACUUUGAUGAAAGAGAUGGUGCAGUGAAGGCUAUGGAUGAAAUGAAUGGGAAAUAUUUAGAAGGUGAAAAUAUUGAAAUUGUUCUUGCUAAGCCACCAGACAAGAAGAAAAAGGAACGACAGGCUCAAAGACAGGCUGCUCGGUCUCAACCGUAUGAGGAUUAUUACUACUAUCCUCCUCCUCGCAUGCCCCCUCCAACACGAGGCAGAGGACGUGGAGCCAGAGGAGGUUACAGCUAUCCUCUAGAUUACUAUAGUUAUGAAGAUUAUGAUUAUUAUUGCUAUGAUUACCAUGAUUAUCGUGGAGGAUAUGAAGAUCCAUACUAUGGCUAUGAUGAUUAUCAGACCUCUACUAGAGGAAGAGGUGGCAGAAGUGGAAGAGGUGCCCCUCUAGCCAGGGCUCGUGGAGUUCCCCAACCACGUGGAAGAUCUGGAUUCACACCGCGUGGUCAAAUGGCAGGGAGAGGUGCUCGUGGUGCAAGAGGGGGUGCCCAGGUGCAGCAGAGAGGCCGCGGGGUACGUGGUGUGAGGGGUGGCCGCGGUGGAAAUGUAGGAGGCAAACGAAAAGCUGAUGGGUACAACCAGCCAGAUUCGAAGCGGCGCCAGACCAAUAAUCAGAACUGGGGCUCCCAACCUAUUGCUCAGCAACCGCUCCAAGGUGGUGAUUAUUCUGCAGGAAAACGAGGUCGAGGCCGGUCCUGACCUGUUUUGAUGACGACUGACUUACUAUAUGGAGGUUACACUGGAAGCUGCUAAUGGAGAUGAUGGUAAGAUUCCAGACCAUGAUGCCAAGUGGAGAGUGGGAACAGCCAAGGAAAUGAAGAGCUUCAAAUUUAAACAUACAUGGACUAUAAUUUUUAAAUUUUGUAUUGCAAAUGUAACUUUUUGUAAUGUACAAAGGUAGUGGUGGGUGAUGACAUUAGAAGUUUGACAAACAAUUUCACUGUUCAUAGGAUUCAUGAUGCCAGACUGCUCAGAAGAUUUAAAACUCUGCACAAUCGCGUUCAGGCUCAACUGAUUGUAGUACUAUAUUGUUAUUGCUCAUCACUACCUCAAAUUCUGUAUGUCCUUAUUCUGAAGAAGUGAACUACUUGCAGAUGGAAGUGUAAUCGCCAAAGUAUCAGGUAGUCGAGCAUUCCAGAAAAAUGGUUCUUUUCUGAACCCAUCUUUUUUAAAAAAGGGUUGGUUGACUACCUCAGUAGCCGAGGAUUAAACUACCCUGUGUAUUGUAAAUAGAGAACUGUAAGACAAAAACAAGGCUUGUUUGCCACAUUUGUCCACAAAAGAAAAGAUACUUUUUUUUGUAUCUUACUUCUAGACUGGAUUUUCUUUUAAUUUUGGCUAACGUGGGUUGUAUGAAGUUAGUUUGACCCAUCAUUAUUACAAAUGACCAGAAACAAGUCUUGCUUUUGUCUCUAUUAAACUGAAAUUGCUGUCUUGCCUUUUCAGAUAUUAUUGUUAGCCUUAGGUUGUAUGAUAGUUGAAAGGAGAUGUUACUUUUAUAAGUAACAAGAUGUUGAGAAUUGAAAAUUCAAUUUGACUGCAAACCAUAAAUUCUGAAAUAAAGUACAAUAUCCCUUUUGAUGAUUUUGUGUAGGUUAGUCCUAAUUGCGCAUAUCUUUGUGUUCUAACGAAUUUAAUAUAAAUUGCAUUCUUCAAUCCAGUUUAUUUCAAUUUGAUGCAAAACUGAACUAAGCACUAAUUGAACUAUUGUUUAUAAGGUGUCCUUUAAAGUGGCAAUUUGUUGCUUUGUUAAUGUCUCAUCUGUCUGCAUUUUCCCCUAGAAAUAUUUCAAUUUCUAAAGUUGUAUAAUGCCAUGCCUCAUUAGUAUUUACACCAAAUAGAUCAAAUUUUGAUGUUUAUCUUCAAUAACUAGGUGCAAAACUACAAUUAAUGUUGAUAACUGAGAAUUUUUACUAGUGACAGUGUUUAGGUUAAAUUGGGGUGUUUGCUUUCAGCAUAUUUCAAGAGCUUAAACAAUUUAAGGUUAUUGCAGUAUCAUACUAUAGAACGCAUUUAGUUUCCUUGAACCUGAAGCAAGCUACUGGGGUAUGUUUUUAGUAAGUGUUCAUAAUUUGUAGCACUACAUUUGUCGACUUGGCCUAUUUUGCUUUUAAUUUAUGCUUGUAAAAGAUUGUACCAUAAAAGCUGUUUUAAAUUGGAUAGCUGGGUUAACACUAUGCAAGUGUUAAUUUGGGUGAGUGUGAGAGAAUGAAUUUGGUUUUGAAUAUAUAAGGAAUACUUUAGUGUUAUAGUGCCACAAUUUUAAUUCCAGAUUGAAUACUUGACAUUGUAACUUAAAGUAAUAGUGACGUACUACCCAAAAAUGAGUUUAUCUCGCAAGUAGCUGAACCACACAGUUCCAGCUUAAUCUGUGUAUUCUAUUCUGGGUGAGUUGAUUUUUAGUUGGAGGUACAGUUGUCUUUGCUAUGCCCUUAAAUUAAUGAUAGAAUACAAGUCAAACACUCUCCUUGCCGUUGCAGCUUUUUGUUGGGAAGUGCACAAAUUUCCCAUGGUUUAAAAAGCAUGUUAGCAUUUAUCACACAGGCUCCAUGUGUGAAUACUUAUUGUGCAAUUAAAUGAAAAUUUUAGACUUGCAAACCAAGGUUAUAGAUGUAGAAGAUGAGGAAAAAAGAUUGGUGUAGAUUUUUAAAAUAGCCCUACCACAAAAAUCAGAUUUUUGUGAAAGGCUGUAUUUGAUAUUGGUUCUACUAUGCCUGUAACGAUCAGUCUGCAGUGUCACUUGUUCUGUUCCAUUUUGUCCAGAGCAGUGCUUGUCAGUGUACCAAUUUGUUUCAAAAUGUAAUGCUUGUACCCCUUAAAUUAUGCUGUUGCUAUAAAUCAUGUUAUGCUGUUGAUAUUUAACAGACAUUGAGUUUAAUGUCUUUGCUUUGGUAGUGCAGCUCUGUGGGAUGCAAGGAUGUAUCAGUAACAGCAUAAUCACAUGAGCAUGGUUUCCUACCUUAAAUAUUUGCCCAUGUUCUCUGGAAGUGUGGAUCAGGCCUGGGAAAAAUAUAAACCAAGGAAAUUAGGUAAAAAUCUAGGUCAAAAAAUGAGGAAUAGAAGACUAAGAUAUGCGAAAGUUUUAAUUUAAGUCUCAUUAAAAAGGGAUAUUGUAGUUUUUAAAUAUCUACCAUACUUUGCAAGUAGACAAAAGAUUAAAAUCUAAAUGCAACAAAAUGUAGGUGGGGGGGGGGGUGCAGUUGGGAAGAAAGUUGCUGGUUUUCUGUAUAGUGUGAUUUCAAUUUAAAACUCUGAUCAAUCAUUGCUUUCAUCCACCCAUGGAAACUGGAGGUGUUACUUGUCCUUUUUAAGGAACUUACUGCUAAAUACAGCAAGAUUUCAUUGGCAUUGACCAUCAUUGUUCAUUCCUGCAGAUAAACAUUGUUUUAUACUGUAAGCUGGAGGUGAGUGUAACUUAUUUUUGUAAUAAAGAUUUUGAUUUUUAA